GGGAAGACGCAAUAUUAGCAUCAUGGCCAACUACAGUGGCCUAAGCAGGGCUCAAUUGAGCUAUGAAUAUCUGCACACAAAUUCAACAACCCACGAGUUUCUAUUUGGAGCUUUGGCUGAGCUUGUAGAUAAUGCAAGAGAUGCUGGAGCCACAAAAAUCAAUAUUUAUUCAGUCCCUGAUAAAAAGCUGCGUGGUGGUUACAUGCUGUGUUUUCAUGAUGAUGGAGAAGGAAUGGAUCCAGAUGAAUGUGCUGACAUUAUUACAUUUGGCAAAUCUCACAAAAGAAAUUUUGAAAACCAACAAAUUGGAAUGUAUGGCAAUGGGCUGAAAUCGGGCUCCAUGAGAAUAGGUUAUGAUUUAAUUCUAUUCACCAAGAAAGCCAAAGCUUUAACAUGUCUGUUCCUGUCAAGAACAUUUCAUGAAGAGGAGGGAGUUGAAGAGGUUGUCGUUCCCAUUCCAUGCUUUGAUGCUGAUACUUGUAAACCAGUUGCCAAAGGUGCCCGAGCACAAGAAAAGCAUGCUGUUGAGAUGGGCCUUAUCCUUAAAUAUUCCCCUUUCAAAACAGAAGAGGAGGUUAUGAAACAGUUUAAAACUAUUGAUUCUGCAUCAGGAACUCUACUUAUAGUUUACAAUUUGAAAUUGCUGGACUCUGGGGAGCCUGAGCUGGACGUUCUUUCAGUACCAAAUGAUAUUCUCUUGUCAAAAUCCAGUGUGGAUGACUUUGACACAGAGGAUGGGUUGAUGCCAGAGAGGAGAUCAUUUAGAGCCUAUGCUGCAUUACUGUAUAAUGAGCCUAGGAUGAAAGUGUACAUACAGGGAGAAAAAGUGCGGACUAAAAAACUAGCCAGCUGUCUAUACAAACCUAAAUGUUAUAAGUACACAUCCAGUAGAUUUAAGGCUAGAUCAGAAAAUGAAGUGAAGAAGGCUCAAGAAGAAGCAAAAAUAUCUGAAUACAAGGCAAAAGAAGCCUUAAGUAAAUCAAAAGACCUUGAAAAACGGAUCUCUAAUUCAACUUCUAAAGAACUGAGGGCUGAAAUGCGAAAGGCUCAAGCUACAGCAGUUGAGUUGCAAAAAGACGCCCAGUUAAAAAAACAGAUUGCAGAGAGGCGGUCAAAAUCUCUCAAGGAUCCCAAGACACUGAACUUCAUCUUUGGAAUCAAUCUAAGCAACAGAAAUCAGUACGGCAUGUUUGUGUACAACUGCAGCAGGUUAAUCAAAAUGUACGAAAGAGUGGGGCCACAAUUAGAUGGAGGGGUGUUUUGCAGUGGUGUUAUUGGCAUAGUAGACGUGCCCUAUUUGGUUCUAGAACCCACUCACAACAAACAGGACUUUGCAGAUGCCAAAGAGUACAGACAUCUGAUGAAAGCCAUGGGGGAACAUCUCAAGCAAUAUUGGAAAGACACGGGGAUUGCUAACCAAGGAGUCACCACAUUUUGGGAGAAUUUCGGUUACAUCAGUCCCAACUGGAAAGCUCCUCCGUCCGAUGACCCAAAAUAUUUAAGAAAGCGAGCCAUGCAAGUUAGCAUGUGCAUUCAAUGUGAUGAGUGCCUGAAAUGGAGAAUGCUUCCCUUUUCCUCCAGUAGUAUUGGUAAAGUGUAUCCAGAUAACUGGGUUUGUGCCAUGAACCCUGACCCUUCACAUAACAAAUGCUCUGCCCCAGAGCAGAAGUUGAAUAUACCAGAGGGUGUCCUCAAAAAGGAAGUCCGAACUAAAGACCAGAAAGAAAAGGAACUUGCAGAAGAAAUAAAAAAGAAGCAAGAAAAGUUGAAAGCCAUGAAGAAAACACAAGUUGUUACGUCAUCACGGCAAGGAAGGCAGCUUUUAAGAAAGAAACAAGAAGAAGAAGAGGAAGAUGAGGAUGAAGAAGAUGAAGAAGAAAGUGAAGAGGAAGAUGAGGAGGAGGAAGAGGAAGCACCAGCUCCUCGGAAAUCUCGCGAACCUCAACGCAGACCACCUCCAGCAAAAUCCAGUAGAAUCAAAGUUCCCCCCUCCCCACCCACUGCUAAGUCCAGGUCCACCCCUGCCAGGCCAGUCUCUUCCACAGCAGCAGACAGCAGAAAGACGGCUCCGGCCUGGGCAGACAACAGGAGAAGAUCUGACACUACCACCACCACUACUACUACUACUACACCAAAGGCCACGCCCCCACAAGUGACAUCUACCAGACCAGAGCCCAGUAAGAAGACUGUGCCAACCAAAGCCCCAGCUGUGACCACCACUAAGACAGCACCAGUGUCUAAGGUGACAGAAACCAAACCUGCUGCAGCUGCUGUGAAAAGAAAGGCCUCUGUUACAUCAGUUGUGUCUUCAAUAGCAAGUGAAGAAUCAGACAUGGACGAGGUGCCUUCCAAGAAAAAAAGUUUCAUUAAGGAAGAUGAGAAGGAAAUUAAUAAUGAUAUUAAAGAAGACAGUGCUGUGGAAACAAAUUAUGAUGAUGUUUCGAUGAGUGAAGAUGGAAAGGACAGUGAGAUUGGAAGGAAAGUGGAUGCUUGGAUCAACAAAGAUUGGCAUGCUGGCAAAGUAGUGAAAGUAAACAGGCAGCAGCAGAAGUGGAAAAUUAAGUUUGACAAGUACCCAAAGGACAAAUACGAUAAAUGGUUUGAUCAGAAUAGCACAGACCUUAGGCUGUUGAAGGCCCCAGCCGAGUCCACAGAAAACUCUGUCCCACCUCCAACCUCAACGUCUCCAGUGGUGUCCACACAGGACAGCAACUCUGAGGCCCCCAGCUCCUCCACAACUGCUACCACCACCACCACCUCUACCCCACAGCACUAUGAGGAAAUAGCAGCAGGUUACAGGACAUGCUUACGCUACUUCCUCCCUCCUAACUGGGUCAUGGACAAAGAGGCGGUGUCCGGCCUGUCUCUGCAGGAACUAGCCGCCUUCCCACUAGAAGACUUCUUUGAUCAUUAUGAGAAAGGCUUGAGAAAGUUGGUGAAUAAUUUCCAAGCUGAUGCACUCAAUAAACAGCAGGAGGCGGAGAGUGCAAAAUCCAAACUGUCAAAUGUCAGGAAGAUGAUCGCCAAGCUUUUAAAAUCCAUUAAUGAGGACUUUGAUAUAGACCCAGAGGCAGACACAGACCAAGUUGAUGAACUUCUCUCGAUAUGUGUAAAGCAAGCUCUAGCUCAGCAGCAAAGUGAUGGAUCUGACUAAGUCUCUGUCUCACACAGUAGCAGCCAAGGAGGAAAGUGUUGAAAAGAAAUACUAGGAUACGCUGAGAGUCACUGGAAGCUACCAGAUGAAACCAGGAAAAAAUGAUAAGGAGCAAAGCAGUGUUGCCCCUAGUAGCAGGUGUAAAGAUGCAGGAGCAUAGUUUUUGGGCCCAGGAAAAAAAAACAAACAUUUGUCAGUCCCACCCCCUCGUGUUCACAUAGGGAAAUAGACUCAGGCCAUGAGAGUCCCUUUGCAAAAACAAACAACAAAUAUGAAAAGGUGUGUGUACAGUACUGAGAAUUACAGCACAUCUCGUAUAUAUAUGUAUAUUAAAUAUAAUAUUCUAAUUUGUACACCAGAGUUGUAUGUAAAAAGUUAUGGGGGUGAGGGCAAAGGUCAAAACUAUUAUUUUGCUGACUGGUUUGUGUCUGGACUAACUUGUUCACAAGCUGCAGGCACAUGGAAGUUGAUCUGACAGGACAGUGCAUCUAUAUACUGGAUACAUUAACAAGUUCUCUACUGCUGCUCGUGUGAAUUGGUGCCCUGCGUGUAUUGGCAUCGAGACGAACGGGGCAGGCGACAUAGAGAACUUACACCAGAAAACAAUAUUCAUCCUGUUGUUGUUCUUUACGUGGGAGGAUGAGGGGGAGGUCAGACUCCUUAGAGUCUUCUUCCAUUUUUAAACAUCAUGCUGAAAAUGUUGUAGAAGUUGGCUGCUUCAGUUGGUUUGCUACUUAAACAGCACCAGGUUUUUUAAUUGGAAGACGAGGCUAAUAUUUUUUUUUCUCUCUGUAAGGCACAUUUUAUCCUAUCAUUUACACAUUUUACACAUCAUGUAACCUGGCAUAGUAGAAUUAGCUUCUUGUUUUUAAAAGAAGGUCAUUUUAGCUGUAGUUAAACCGUGCUCCGUAUAUCCUUUGAAGAGAACAUGUCAACGAUGUUUUUAGUCCCUCAGUGCACUUGUAGUUGUAGUUAGUCUUCACUAAGAAGUCUAGCAACCUGCACAGAGUUUUUCAGUUAAGAAGGAAAUUUAAUUAGGGUCCAAAUGUAGCGCAAGUGAUGUUAAAGGUACAAUUAGCUCUUGGUGUAUAUAUAAAUAUAUAUACAUAUACAUAUAUUUAGUUAAAAUAAUCAGGCUUAAUAUGCUCUAGAUUCUUACUGUACGUAAAUGUCUGUCUUAUCAUUGCCACUAUUAAAUGCCAUUUUUAUCAGAA